AUGCUACUGUUCUGUCAGGAACAAAGGGAGGAUGUGGCCAGUUCCCUACAGCCGACGGGCACAGACCUCCACCCGGGCCGGACUGAUCUGGUGUCAGUGUGCCUCAGCUGCCUCUGGCUGACUCAUGGCUGGAGAGAGACGGGACUCGUUUCACAUUCUUCAUCAUGUGAGUGUCUGGAGCGCAUGAAUGCCGAGCGUCUGCCCAGCAUGCUCACAUUUUCUAAAGCCUCUGUAUCCAGCCAAGCUGGGCCAUGGGGUAGGUGCAUGGGUAGCGAGUGUGGUCCGGGGGGAAGUCAAAGCCGAGCGGUAUGGUGUGCCCAUUCCGAGGGCUGGACCACGUUACACACCAACUGCCAGCAGUCGGAGCGACCCAGCAACCAACAGAGCUGCUUCCGGGUGUGCGAUUGGCACAAAGAGCUGUACGACUGGCAGCUAGGGGCCUGGAACCAGUGCGUGCCGGUGUCUAUGCGCAGUGUGGGCAUGCCAAGGCCAGCGGUGUGCACUCGGGGCGAAGAGGGCAUCCAGACGCGGGAAGUGGGCUGCGUGCACAAAUCGGAUGGCGUUCCCACAGAAGAUGCCAUCUGCGAGUACUUUGAGCCCAAGCCACGGUUAGAGCAGGCCUGCCUUAUCCCGUGCCCACGUGAGUGCGUAGUGUCCGAAUUCUCCCCAUGGACGUCCUGCUCUAAGAGUUGUGGGAUGGGUCUGCAGAACCGCUUGCGAUGGGUUCUAGCCCCGCCCCUUUUUGGCGGUUCGGCUUGCCCCAACCUCACAGAGUUCCACACCUGCCAGCCGGGCCCCUGCGAGGGUGAGGAGAGCCUGCACAGCCUGAGGGUGGGACCUUGGGGCCCCUGCAUGGUUUCACCUAUACGACAGACCCGAGAAGCCAGAGAACCCAAACCUGAACGGAAAGCAAAGCGAGAUCGGCAGGCCAGGCAAGAACGCCAGGGCAAGCGUCGCAGGAACAAAGAGAAAAAAGAGGUGAAGGAAAACAAAGGAGAACGUGUGAAGGAUAGGGUCAGGGUGAAGGGAAGGAUGAGGGACCCUGAGACCCAAGAGCUCAUCAAAAAGAAGAGGACGAGGAAUCGUCAGAACCGCCAGGGGUUGAAGUUCUGGGACCUGCAGGUGGGCUACCAGACCCGGGAGGUGACUUGUGUUCACCGAAGCGGAAACACAGCGGCGCUCAGCCAGUGUAACCAGCAGACUCUUCCUGUGACAUAUCAAGCGUGUGUCAUCCCAAAGGACUGUGAAGUGACCGAGUGGUCGGACUGGUCUGCCUGCUCAAAGGAGUGCUAUGAUCUGAAUGGGCGUAAGGGACAGCGGACACGCACACGUCAGGUGAAGCAGUUCCCGGUGGGUGGAGGACCCGAGUGUCCUGAGCUGGAGGAGAGUGAACCGUGUUAUCCUCAAGGAGAAGGAAUCCCGCCAUGUAUAGUAUAUAACUGGCGAACCACAGAGUGGAGUGACUGCAGGGUGGAUGUGCUCCUCAGCCAACAGGACCGUCGCCGGAGCAACCAGACAGGGCUCUGCGGAGGCGGGGUUCAAACCAGGGAGGUCUACUGUGUUCAAGCCCCCACCGAAACCUCAUCUAACCUCAGCUCCCUCAAGAACAAAGAUGGCUUGCGGCCAGUGAACAGUGACCUGUGUCUGGGCGUUUCUCCUAACACCACCCAGCUCUGCCAUAUUCCAUGUCCUGUGGAGUGUGAGGUGUCCUCCUGGAGCGCAUGGGGGCCCUGCACCUUUGAAAACUGUCAGGAUCAGUCCACAAAGAAAGGUUUCAAACUGAGGAAAAGGAAAAUCAUGAAUGAGCCCACAGGUGGCACAGGAAAUUGCCCCCACCUGACGGAGGCAAUUCCCUGUGAGGAGCCCAGUUGCUAUGAAUGGCUGUUGGUGAAGUUGGAGGAGUGUGUGCCUGACAAUGACAAAGUAUGUGGACCGGGAACCCAGAACCCACAAGUACAGUGCGUCAACAGUGACGGUGAAUACGUGGAUAGGCAACUGUGCCGGGACGCCAUCCUUCCCAUGCCUGUGCUGUGCGAGGUGCCCUGCCCCAAAGACUGUGUGCUCAGUCCCUGGACUUCAUGGUCUCUGUGCUCCAAUACCUGCUCAGGGAAGAACUCGGAGGGCAAGCAAACCAGAUCACGCUCCAUUCUGGCCUACAACGCUGGGGACGGUGGAGGUCAGUGCCCCAACAGCAGCGCCUUGCAGGAGGUCCGCAACUGCAAUGAUCAUCCCUGCACUGUGUACCACUGGCAGACGGGGCCCUGGGGUCAGUGCAUAGAGGACACCUCCGUUCCGUCUGCCAACAGCUCGCUCAGCCGCACCGGAGCAGGAGUCGGCACUAAUGAGGCGUUCUGCUCGGUUGGAAUGCAGACGCGUAAAGUCAUUUGUGUCCGGGUCAAUGUGGGCCAGGUGCCACCUAAAAAGUGUCCAGAGAGUCUGCGUCCAGAGACUGUAAGGCCGUGUCUUCUGCCCUGCAAGAGAGACUGCAUUGUCACUCCUUACAGUGAUUGGACACCUUGCCCUUCCUCUUGCCAGACAGGUGGUGCCAUCAAAAAGAAGCAAUCAAGGAAACGCAUUAUCAUUCAGCUUCCAGCUAACGGGGGCCAAGACUGUCCAGAAGUGCUCUUCCAGGAGAAGGAAUGUGAUGCCUCAUCUUUUUGUCCAGGCUACAGGUGGAAAACCCACAAGUGGCGCAGGUGUCAGUUGGUGCCCUGGACCAUUCGUCAGGACAGUCCUGGAGCACAAGAGAUCUGUGGACCAGGACUACAGGCUAGAGCCGUAUCGUGUAAAAAGUUGGAUGGUGGACCUGCAGACGUUGCGGCCUGUCUUAAGUUUGCAGGUCCUAUGCCUCAACUCACUCAGUCCUGCCAGCUUCCAUGCCAGGAUGACUGCCAGCUGACCACCUGGUCCAAAUUCUCAUCAUGCGCUGCUGAUUGUGUGGGUGUCCGAACUAGGAAAAGGACUCUUGUUGGUAAAAGCAAAAAGAGAGAACAAUGUAAAAACACACAGAUGUAUCCUCUGAGCGAAACCCAGUACUGCCCCUGCAACAAGUACAAUGCCCAGCCCGUGGGGAACUGGUCCGACUGCAUCCUGCCCGAGGGUGGGCGAAUAGAGGGCCUUUUGGGUAUGAAAGUGCAAGGUGAUAUCAAGGAGUGUGGCCAGGGUUACCGGUUUCAAGCCAUGGUGUGCUAUGACCAGGACAACCGCCUCGUGGAGACGUCACGCUGCAACAGUCACGGUUACAUAGAGGAAGCGUGUAUCAUCCCGUGUCCAUCUGACUGUAAGCUCAGCGAGUGGUCAAACUGGUCCCGUUGCAGUAAGUCCUGUGGCAGUGGAGUCAAAGUACGGUCCAAGUGGCUUCGGGAGAAACCUUAUAACGGUGGCAGGCCCUGCCCCAAACUGGACCAUGUCAAUCAGGCUCAGGUGUAUGAAGUGGUACCAUGUCUGAGCGACUGCAGUCAGUAUGUCUGGGUGGCUGAGCCGUGGAGUGUCUGGAAGGUCAGUAAUGUUGAUCUGAAGGAGAACUGCGGGGAAGGUGUACAGACGAGGAAAGUCAGGUGCAUGCAGAACACUGUUGAUGGACCUUCAGAACCAGUAGAAGACUAUCUCUGUGAUCCAGAGGAGAUGCCGCUUGGAGCCAGAGAGAGCAAGUUGCCCUGUCCUGGGGACUGCGUUUUGACUGACUGGGGCCCUUGGAGUCGAUGCCCAUUGCCAUGCAAUGUGAAUAGUACAAGGCAGAGGACCGCCAGCCCUAGACGUCAGCCUGGGAAAGAGAAACAGUGUCCUUCAACUACAGAGAAAGAAACGUGCACCCUGAACACCAACUGCUUCCAUUACUCCUAUAAUAUUACAGGGAAGCUCUGGAGAAGGAGAACUGUGAUCCAGGCCUCUCAGGGAGAUGGACGGCCAUGUUCCUCACAGCUGGAGCAGUGGAAGCCCUGUCCUGUUAAACCCUGCUACAGCUGGAGGUACAGCGCCUGGUCUCCAUGCAAAUCUGAGGGUGCACGGUGUGGAGAGGGCCUGCGCUUCAGGAACGUGUCCUGCUUUGUGUCUGAUGGCUCGGGGAAGAAUCCAGGCAGUAUGGUGGAGGAGGAACUGUGUGGAGACCUGGAGCAGACAGUGGAUGGGGACAAACAGAUCAUCCUGCAGGAGUCCUGCACGGUGCCCUGCCCAGGUGAGUGUUACCUUACAGAAUGGGCUGUGUGGAGCCUGUGUCAGCUGAGCUGUAUCAGCGGGGACGAUCUGGGAUUUGGUUCGGUGCAGGUGCGUUCUCGUGCCGUUCUAGCCCAGGAACCUGAGAACCUUCUUCAGUGUCCAGAACAGGAAUGGGAAGCCAGACCAUGUACAGAGGGCCAGUGUUAUGAGUACAAAUGGAUGAUCGGUCCAUGGAAAGGCUCGUCUCGACAAGUCUGGUGCCAGCGCUCUGAUGGAUUGAAUGUCACAGGUGGAUGCCCGUUGACAAGCGAGCCGGUGUCUGACAGAUCAUGUGACCCAGCCUGCGUCAAACCUCGCUCCUACUGCACUGAGGCUGGUGUAUGCGGCUGCGAGGAGGGUUACACCGAGGUGAUGACUUCUGAUGGAGUGCUGGACCAGUGCACGGUCAUACCGGUGCUUGAGAUCCCCACCGCAGGAGACAGUAAGGCUGACGUGAAGACGAUCCGAGCCCUCAACCCCACUGAGCCCACCGCCAACCUGCCAGGCCGCUCCGGACGCACCUGGUUCCUCCAGCCCUUCGGACCCGAUGGCAAACUGAAGACCUGGGUGUAUGGUGUGGCAGCUGGAGCUUUUGUACUGCUAGUGUUCAUUGUCUCUAUGACUUACUUAGCCUGCAAAAAGCCAAAGAAGCCCCAGAGAAGACAGAUGAACAACAGACUCAAGCCUCUGACGCUGGCUUACGACGGCGAUGCUGACAUGUAGCUUAACCACGUUUGCUUCAUACUACAGAUACUCGCCUCCUUUCACAGUCGGCCAUCGGUACAAGCCUCAAACAAGGAGACUCGCGCAAACUCACCGACUGCUUUUUAUAAGACGCUAAUGGAACCUCAGAGAGAGAGACUCGAUCUGGGUUUAUAUAAUGUUUCUCCCCCCUCCUUUUUUUACGUUCAAGUUUUUUGACUUUAUUUCACGAGAGCCUUCAUAAAAUCUUCAAAAAUCUUCUUCAGGAAGUCUGCCUUCACCUCUCUGCCAUCGACAUCUUUCUGUAACAUAGACUUUAGUCUUUCAGGAGGAAAGUUGCAGGAGCUUUUUUGAAAUUGGGAAGUUUUUUUGCUGAGAAAGCACAAAAUAUACCCGUCUCCUGUUUAGUCCUGCAAUAUGUACAUUGUCUGUGGCUGUUGGGAGGUCGCAUGUUCAGACAAACUAAAUACACAAUAGCAUUUUCAGCCCCGAAACGCUCAAUAUUGUGUGAUCAGAAGGAUAAAAGACUGCAGAUUGAAUGGGCUCUCUAGCGCCCCCUAUAGAAACUCUGGCCUGCCUUUCCCCCUUUCUGUAUCCAGGCUCUAUUUUGCACUAUAUUAGUGCAGCAUGAACAUUUACUUAUAGCAUUGCCAUAGAAAACUGCCUCUCGCAAAACAAGAUGAUGUACAGUCUUGUGCUAGACACGUUUCUUUUUUUUUAAAAAGAGAGCGAGAGAGAACAAAAGUAGCCCUUUUUCUUCUGAUGGAACUCACUGGUGUUUGUUUAUACAUACUUGUUUACUGGUUACCUCCUGUUUGUGAUAAAGGGGCUGUUGAAAAGUUUUUUGUGGACUCCAAACCCCCCCCCUUGUUGUAUGUACAGUUGCAAUCAGCCAUGUGUUUGCUUUCUUUGCCUGAUUGACUUGUGUAUGAUUCAAUGGUUCUUUUCACCUUAGAGUUUUCCAUGUGUUGCAGUCUUUCGUCUCUGAUUCCAAGGGCUCUGUGUUCAUAAUUGGAGCGCUUUUAACAGUAUGCUGUUUGAUUUACUGAUCCUACUGUGUCUGUGUGAACCAGUUCUGUUUGCAGUUUAUAUAACGUGACUGUCUAACACAAUAACAGCAUGCCUUUUCAUAUCAGCUAGAUUCUGAAAAACCAAUACUCUGAUAUUGAAUGAUUACUUGUGGAAGCAUUCGUUUGACAUUAUUAUUACCUAUUCCGAACCUGAUUUGAGGUUGAACAAAUCUCAGCUCAUUCAUUAGAAUGAAGAAAUGCUGUGGUUUGUGCUGAGACAUUACGUAAGGGAUGAUGUACAGUGAGCUGGUUAUUAUUACAAAAUAAAACCUGACAUGGUGAUUUCUAAUAUAAAUAA